CUCUCUUGCCUUGCCGUGUCCACUCUCCUCUUUCUCUCUCUCUAUCCCAUCCCCAUCGACCCGCAGCCGCCGCUCUCCGCGAAACUCACAACCUGCACCAUCCAUCUCACAAGCUCAACUCAAGCUCAAGCUCGCAUUCUACGCCAGCAAAUUCGUCCAUUUCUCACAACUUCUUCACCCAAAAACACUUCUAAUCAAUAACCAUGGCUGAGAUCCGCCGAAAGCUCGUCAUUGUCGGCGAUGGUGCUUGUGGUAAAACCUGUUUGUUGAUUGUUUUCUCCAAGGGCACUUUCCCCGAGGUUUACGUCCCCACCGUCUUCGAGAACUAUGUUGCCGAUGUCGAGGUUGACGGCAAGCACGUCGAGCUCGCCCUAUGGGAUACUGCUGGUCAGGAGGAUUACGACCGUCUUCGACCUCUUUCUUACCCCGACUCCCACGUUAUCUUGAUCUGCUUCGCCGUUGACUCUCCCGACUCCCUCGACAACGUCCAGGAGAAGUGGAUCUCUGAGGUUCUGCACUUCUGCCAGGGUCUCCCUAUCAUCCUUGUUGGCUGCAAGAAGGAUUUGCGAUACGACCAGAAGAUCAUUGAGGAGCUCCGAAAGACCAGCCAGAAGCCCGUCUCCCCUGAGGAGGGUGAGGAGAUCCGCAAGAAGAUCUCUGCUUACAAGUACCUUGAGUGCUCAGCCAAGACCAACGAAGGUGUCCGCGAAGUGUUCGAGCACGCUACUCGCGCUGCUCUGCUGUCGCGCAGCACCCGAAGCAAGUCUCACAAGAAGUGUCUUGUUCUGUAAAGGCGCCAUCGAAGCCUUUUGAACGCAGCCCACGCACACGUAUCGUGGAUUGACCCUGCGUUGUAAUCCUUUGUCACAGUUCGACCUCAACUUGGCCCCGGCAGUUCGGAUGAAACAGGCCCGUGGCGGCCAAGAAGGCCAGGGCUGUCGACAUGCAUCGGUUUUCUCGGAAUCUGGAGUUUGAUAUCGUCUCGCUCAUGUCUGGUCCAUCGGCCUACGCGCCGACCUUUCUCGCUGGAUUGAUGGUUUUCUAGUCGGUGGGAGCCCAUGGUUUCUUGGACCUCCUGAAUCUUGCAGGGGGGUUGCUAUUACCGACGGAUACCUCAUCUUUUUUAUUAUCACCACUGGCAGGCGAGCGGGACCUUUGUUUUAUGUAUGUGCUUGCCGCGUAUGGGGAGGUGGGCCAGAUGUCUUUUUUGUUGGGGGCUUUUGAGGAGGAGGAGGAGUGACUCUCGUUCCUUGCUCUCCUGCCUAGUCUGUCAGUGCAGGCUGAUGGACGAGGAAUCACUCGGGAGAUGUUACAGGAGGCCAGGAGAGACUCUGUGGACUGGUUACGGCGAGAGCGUUUGCGUCUGCUUAUGUGUGGAUAUGGGACUCGGCUGGGGAACCAAGUCGGGUCAGGCCAUAAAUCUUUUCGUUUUUUCUCUUGGAGCCUCGAGACCGUUACUUAGACCAUGGAGAUGGGACAUCUAUUGCGUAGGGCCUGCCUGUUUAAUCUCUUGAUUUUUUGUAUAUUUCUGUCUACUUUACCCGUGAGGUGACGUGACCAUGCUUCUUUACCUUGGUGAUAGUGAUUCCAUUGCAUUGGGCGUAUUGGGAUGCAUGAUAUAGGCUAUCUGGCUACACAA